UUCUUGUACCAAGAAGCCUAUUCAAUUUGGUCGGUUGUUGCACCAAUGACGUCUCCGCUGGCUUUACGUCACGCCCACUUUCAGGGCCGUAUUGGCGUAAAUAAAUAUGGGAACGCGGUAUUAUAACCGAGAGGUCAAGAUAUACGUAGGCUAUGACGGUGGAAAAUGAGUUUUAUAAAUGUUUUUCAUUAUUUACUUUCGUAACGCUAACAUGAGACACGAGUCGUUAAAAUUAUCUAUACACACACUUGGUAGGUACGUACACACGUAGAUUUAUGACAAUGUUACGUGUUGUUCUUCAAUUAUGUACUGUGUUUGAACAUAAUUAACUUUAAUAAAUAUUGUCUUGGACGUUUAAAUAAAACAAUAAAAAUAAAUAAUCAAGUUGGAACACUUUACAUACGUAGUUUCAUUGAAAUUCACUAUAAGUCGUAACUAAAGGACUAAGACUUUGAGUGUGUUUUUUACUUUUUAUUUCGAAAUGGUUGUGCCAAUGUCGAUGAAAUGUGUAAUGACCGAAGCUGAUGCACUCGGUUAACACAACUUUUCGCAAGUUAAAAUAUCACCUACGCGGACGAAACUGCGAGCAAAAGCUUGUUUGGUGUACAUUUUACUCAAUACGCAAUGAGUAGCUAUGGUCUGUAAUUGUGCUCUCAUGCCAUGAAUAGUCCUUUGUCUGCUGUGAGACGCUGACAGGCUAGUGUUCAUUGCUUGUCAGGUUUUCCUCUAUUAGACUAAAGCCUAUUCAUUGGUGUAUGAAGUGUCCGUCCUGAAGCGAGUAGGGUGGUUUGAUUCCUUUACAGACAUAUAAGGGAAUCUAAAUAAUGCUUAUGUGAGAAUACAUGCUCAUAAUAAUAGUGUUCUUGUGCCUCAUUAUCUAUAAAAAUAUGGUUGCAUCGUCGGGAAGAAUGUUUUAAAAGAAAUGAACUAGAAACGAAUGAUUCAAAUGUGGUUACAUCCUCUCAAACAGCGAAUUGGCGUGAUAAACGUCGUAGAGUGGCACCUCUUUCCAACAACUAAAACGAUUACCAUUUAAGAGGUGCGAAUAGGUUAACUAUUAGUGGAAAGAAUGUCAAACUUCUUUAGUUGAGGCACUGGAAAAUUCUACCCCGAUUUCCUUUGUAAGUUUGUCAGUAAACAGAGAGCAUCUGUGAGUCUUAAUAACAAACAAGCGUCUCUGGUCAAGCAUGUCCCAAUGAAAGUAGCGAAUCCACAAUUUUCAUUCUUUAUUCACAGAUCACAGGAAUAUAACAUACAGGAGCAAUAUAAAUUUCAAUUUAUAUUUAGGAAAUAGGCAAAAUUUAAUGAUUAACACGCAAUUAUUUUUUAUUUUGUUUUCGAUACGAUAAAACUAGUAAACAAACCAUCAAAUAUCCGCUUCCAUAGCUUUUUCCGCUUCCCUAAACAGUUUUAAUAUUGCGCAAUUCAUCUCUGUAUAUUUUCGGGCGCACAGCGGCUCGCACAUGCGCCUUAAGUUUGACGGCGCUCUGUAAACGGUUAAAAUAGAAAUCGAUUGUCGUGCUAUUCCUGUGAAUUAGGUCGGGUUUAUUCCUUAAAUCAGCCAUGGCGGACCACUAAGGAGGUUGUGCCAUCAUGGCGAUGUGGUGCUCGCUGCUGCUGCUGGCGUCGGCAUCAGCGGCGUCGGCACACAUCCACCGCGCCGUCGAGACCGAGAUGUUCGCCAUACCUAUCAGCCCCAACCUCUUCAACUGGACCUAUCAAGAGUUCGACCAACAGUACCGCUUCCACGCCUCGUUGCUGGGCAAGCCUGAGCUUCCAUCUUGGCUCCGGUACAUCUACAGCGGCAGGCAUCACUCAGGGUUCAUCUUCGGGACCCCACCCAGAGGCAGCCACGGCCCUAUUACGAUUGAGAUAAUAGGGCUGAACCGACAAGACUAUGAAACGCGGCGGGUCCUGCUCACGCUAGCAGUAGAUCAGAAGGAGAAGAUGGCGAGGCAUGAGGUCGAGCUCAAGAUAGACAACCUGAAUGUAGAAGACCUGCUGGAUGAGCACAAGAUGACCCGCCUGAAAGACAUCCUACGUACUAAACUAUGGACUGAGAGUAAUGGAGAUCUCUACGCGACGUUCCUGGCAUCUGCUAUCGACUUAGGCGCGAGACUGCCUUUGAAGCCCAGUGAUGGGGAAGGGUUAGUAGUCCGCCUCGGUAGUACGAUGCCCUUCUCCAUCGAGCUGAAGCGUCUCCGGGAGGAAGUCAGACCACUCUCUCGUCUGCCGAGCUGCCCUAGGGAAUACAAGCGGACGACGGUGGAGCGACUCUUCAGGGAUGCUGGCUUGACCUUGGAUUGGUGCAGUUUUGAACUGUACAACACCAUCUACAAGGAGCGCUCGACCUUACACCUUGAAUACCUGACGGAGGUGCCCAACACCAGCAAGUCUGCCAAAUCCUUUAAGGCGCUGGACACACGCGAAGCCUGGACUGCUCCUAAUAAGGAAUCCCUACCAUCCCGCAGCUACGGCAAGCUGUUGACAGCAGCAGUGCUAGUCCCCAUGACGCUCAUGCUGCUAUGUGUGACCGCCCUUACAGCCGCCGUGUGCGCUCUGCAUGCUACCGUUCGUGACCCAGAAUCAGAAUAUUUUCUGGACAAUAUAUUUCAUAUCUGUAUUGAUUAUAGAAAUAGAAGAGCACACAAAUCAAAGGUUGAAAUGUGUCGUUACGGUACUGGCAACACUGAACAGACGCAAGUGGCUGACAACACUAGCACGAAGAGUCUUGGAGUCAGUCCAAACAACAGCCUGGCUCGCCCUUACAGCCCGAAGUCUUCCACCAACCUCGCGAGCAGCUACAACCGCCCGCAGCCACCACCAUACAUGGGCUCCGCCACCAACUCGCUCCACCACCGCAAGUCUUCAGACAUCACCCCGUCAACGAGCUCCCACACACCCGAACACAACCGCACACACCUUCUAGAAGAAUCCCUCAAACUCCUCAACGAAGCCAAAAUCACAGGAGAAUUUGAUAUCAAAAAUCCAAUAGUAGAUCUUAACGAUGGUUCUGAAGAUUACGUUCCCAUCAAACCGGAUCAAACUGGUUAUGUGUCCAUGAAACCGGACUUGGAUGAUAUUGAUGUCCCUGAUUUGGCUAAGUUUGGGAUUUCUGGGGGCAUCUGACAUGAGGCCUCGGCGGACGGUGAGCCGCCGGUCAAGACCUGGUUCUGUUAAGGCAACAGAAACAGGCUGAUUCAACUAAGAAUAGGAAUGGAUGAUCGUAUAAGUCAGUAAAACACCAAAAUUAACCAAAAUUACACGGAAAAUGGGAAAAAUAAAAUUUUGAAGUUCUUAAUAACUUGAGCUUAAUGAAUUGACUCUUCUUAUAAACCAAGUCUCUUUUGAUGAAGUUAUCCCAUAAUGUAAGGAAAUAAAAUAUAAGGAAAGAGAGUAAUAAAUCUUAUGGAUGAAACAAACUCUUGGAUUGCAAUCAAAGCAGGUAAUUCCUAUUCUUAGUUGCAAAUUAAAACAGCAUAAAUAGACAGUAGUUUUUUGAUUUUUCAGUAAGCUAGAAGAAUGGUUAACGGAGUACGCAAAUAAAACGAUCUAAAAUCAAACAAUUCAAAAAAAAAAAAUUAAAUUAAACAGAAAAACUAAAAAACCUUUAGAUCUGCUAUUGCUGAGUAAAUACACCUUUUGAACUACAUAAUACUGAAAGUAACUACUGAAAAGAAAAAAAAAUGCCUGAAUUUCAAACUUUGAAAAAUGUCGACAUGAUUCAGUAGUGCGGGCUCCGUUAACACAUUUCUUCUAUUUUUAAUUUGCGAGUUUUUAGGGCAACUUUGCAGGAAAUGGAUCGUAAAAUGUUGGCAAAUCACGAAUCACACAAGAGCUUUGGGUAUUUCAGUAUUACUAUAACUGAAAUACUCAAAUAUGAUUCAGAAAAUAUCAUAUAACAAACGUUGUUGUAUAAUGUGAAAAAUAAGGUCAAUUUAUACUAAAGCAGGGGCAAAAUACAUCUAAACGUCUUCGUCAAACGUCAAACGUCGUAACUCGCGGUAAUAUCUGCUGUGAAAAAUGAACCUUACAUCGUUAAAUUAAAGUUGAAUUUGCUCUUAACAACAAAGUGCAACUGAGACUCUAACACAAGUAUCAACUCGCACCAAUAUCUGCGAUGAAAAAAUAUCAGCUUUAUGCUGUUAAGUUAAAGUUGCAAUUCCUAUAACACCUUUAAGAUUGCCAAAUUUCGACAACCUACUUUAAUAACAAAUGCCAAUCCGCAACAAAGUUUGCGAUGAAGAAAUCUCAGCUUUAUGCUGUUGAGUUAAGGUUCAAUUUUGCUGUAACACCUCUUGAUUGACGUAAUUUGACACUGCUUUAGUACCAAUUGCCUCAAGUCCUGUUCGGUUAUCAAGAUUUUCACUAAUAACCGUGUAUAUAUUUUAAUCUUAAACGCAGGCAUUAUUAAGGGCCGAUUUCAUGAUUACAAAUAAACGGGAUCAAAAUAGACUCGUUGCUGAAUAAAAUCUCAAUAGCUUAAAAAACAUUAAAAGUUGAUACGGGCUCACUGCGGUUGGUCUUCGCAAUGGUCACCAUAGUCAACACCAAGACCUCACCAUUGCUUUUAAAUAUCUCGACUGUCAUACGUUUAUCUUUGUCAGUCCUUUAUUCAUUACUAUACUGUUACCUUGAUAAAUUAACUUAAUCAGUCGCUUUGAUCUAAGAUUUAGUAAUUUGUGAAAUUGGCCCUUAACUACUUAGAGUAAUAUAGCUCGUAAUCACUUAGGAAUAAGGUAUAAAAUGCCGUAGCUUCGUUACCUAAAUAAAGUUAGUUGACGAAACUGCGGUAUUCUUAGGUUAUUUAAUACUAGACAACCAACUAAAAUAUACCUCAGAUAUAUAUUAUUUAGUCUAAGUAAGCAUAAUGGAUUAGUGUGUGUAGCAUUACGUCACAAAAAAUAAACAUGACCGAUCAGAUCUCUAUAUUACAUAUAAAGGCUAGUCAUAAAAAUAGUACAGUAAGUAAAAAAGAAAAAAAAAGAAAAAAAAAAUACAAAAAAUAUAAAAAGCAAAAAAAAAAACAGAAAAGGUAAGUAUUGAAUUUGUCUGAAACUAAGUCAAAAGAAAGAAUACAAAACGGAUUUCUAAUUAAAACCAAACUUACACGAAAAAAAAGCAAAAAGCCAGUCUAAUAAAUGAACCUACAGCAGUCAAAUAUUCGAAAGUCACAUUGAACUGUAAUAUAACACAAACUUAAAAUUCAAUCAAUUUUGAACAAAACAAAUUCAUACUUACCUAAAGGCAUUAUUAACCUCAUUCGCAAACGCGAUUUUCAACGUCUUUAAAAAGCAUUCAAAAGCUUUCCAGUUUAUUUGUUCAUCAACUUUAACGCCUUAAUUACCGAACUACCAAUUAAACAUUGCUCAAACAAAAAAAUCUUCAAUGAUUUGUGAACGAACACUCUGGAAAGCAUUUUUACGAUUUGAGCGCUUUUUAAGCGUCGCCAAAAAGCGUCGGUGUUAAUGAGGGUUUAAUAAGCCUUUUCAGGACGGGGACAUUUUCAUGGACUUUCUCCGGAUCGUGGGAAAGGGGCUCGUGGACUUUCCCCGCCCUGGGGAAGGUGGAGUCAUGCCUAUUGGCUAAGAUUACCGGAAUGACUCAUCCUUCCUUUAAACCAGGGAUACUGGGCCGUGAAUCCAACUAUCGCUACCCCAGGUCCCGAAAUAGGAUGGUGUUUCACUCGGGUUAAACAUAUUUAAGUUAGGUAUAUGACGGUAGAACAAACUACUUGUUCGUAUACCUACUUAUCAGCAUGGGAUUAAUUCUUAUUUUACUAGGAACUACUCUAGAUGUAGAAAUAACUCUCAUUAUAGGAACAUUAUAGUUAAGGAAAAAAAAUGUACAUACAUUUCACUUAAGUCAAGUUAGAAGAUAAUUAAUUAGUACGUAAGUACGAGAAUACCUAUCUAUGUAAAUAAAGGAUUCUCUAAUUGCAGUUUCAGAUGUUUCUGAAAGUUAAAUAAGGGUUAGAUUUAUAAGAGAAACAGGAUUAUAUGGUCCGCACUAGUAGUAUAGGUUAAGCUGUCAAUGGCAGGCAUUAGUUUUUAAUGUACAUAGGUAAAUGAAAACAAUACUUCACUGUUAAUAACUGGUACUUAUAGUAAAUAUACUACCACCAUAUUCGUUAUAGUACUUUAGCACCAAUGCUACCUUCUAUACCAAUACUUAGAUCAGUCUUUAAAUGUCCCACUGCUGAGCAAUGACCUCUUCCCAUAAAGAAACGGUUAGGCCAUUCAUAAUUAAGACUUGUAUUUAAAAAGCCACUUUCUAUCGAGUGUCGAAAAGUUUCCCCAAGACAUGCAAGUCGUAAGCAACAUCAAUUCAAGAUAAGAUCGUAUUCCUUUUUAAAAGGCUGGCAACACACUCGUAGCUCCUCUGGUAUUGCCAGUCCGUGGGCCGCGGUAAUCGCUUAACAUCUGGCGAUCUGUCUGCCCGUAUGUCACUAUCUCAGAGAAAAUGAAUAACACAGUAGCGACUUAAAAAAUAAAUUGUCAACGUAAAAAUAAACGUCUAUAUGUACCAUCUAUCUUGAAACGGGUGAAACAGUGAUUUGCAAAAACGAAGUCAGAGUAACAAAUUCCAUUUCGACAAAAAGUCUUAACAUCUUUCUAAAAACCAUCGGAGUACAACAUCUUAUUUCGUCUAAUCCAUCGGAGCUUAGCAACAGCUUUUCAUCAAUGCCAAGUCAUUAUUGACUAAAUAGCAAAAGGCAUAAUAUUGAGGUUCCUCAUUGAAGAAGGUUUGACCGUCUUGUAAGAUAAGCAGGGCGCUAGUCUCCGCUCUCACUGGACAAGAAGAAACGCAAGGCUUUCGCUCACCAAUGGGAUCUUAAACAGACUGUUGAAAAAUCACCAAAGAGCCUGAAGUUUCUAAGUCAAUACAAUUACAGAAAUCAAUACUGUAGUCAAGUUAUAUAACAAAUAUCAUCUUGUUAUUCUUAAGGUACCAUUCGUAAGGGCGAUUAUUUAGCGUUGUGUUUUAAAAAGCGUUUUAGUAACAGCUGAACAUUUGAAACUUAACAACCUAAAGCCAGACGCUAAAAACACCACACUCGGUUUCAUAAAGAUCUCGCGUUUGAAAGCGCUACCUUAUAAACAUCGUAACUUACUGUAGAAUGCAUUCGUUCCAUUCUAACGGUUUUUAAAUGCGACCUAAAAACGCCAUCUAUCGUCACGUCUCCUAUAUUAUUCCAUCUCUACGGAAAGGCUCAUGAACGCUACAGACCACUCUCGUAGCAUCUCGUAGCACUUUCUGAGCUAACAAAAAUCAUUUGCUACGACACAAGAAGACAAGCGUCCUUGCGAAUGGGGCCUUUUGAUUUGAAAGCGAAUAAAACUAGACCAUAACAUCCAGUUAUUAAGGUGUAUUAUUGUUUAUAUGUAAAUAUUUCGACUUGUAGAAUACUUGUAAUCAUAAGUUAAGGAAUAUACUGUACAUAUAGCUAUAAACAUAUAAACACAGAGGUACAAUUUAUUUAGGUAUUAAUUAUCCAAGAAAACUUUAAGUCUGUAGAUAAAAAAUAUAUUUUCUAAACUAGGUUAAUUAUAUUUUAGUCGAAUAGGCAUGAGAGGAGAUGAAAGUGGGUCACGAAAAAAUAAAUAACUGAGUAGUCUGUAUAUAGUAGAUAAAAUAGGAGUAUUGUACAUAUAUAAAGAAUAUAUUUUUAAAUAAGGUCUGAUAUAAUGUACAUAUAGAAAGGAAGUGAAAACGCGAGUCAUGGUGAAUAGAUGUAAAUAACAUUUAAGAAAAAAGCUUUGGAAGAGAUCUAAUAUUAUAGGAUUAAAGUUAGACUAGGUUUAUACAGCGUUUUAAAUGGACCUUGGUCAUAUUUAAAUUACGUCUUGUGUCCGUGGAGAUGACCAUCUUUCUCCACAUUAUAUCAACUUAACAACAAAUUGGAUUGUCGUACAAAAUUAUUAUAAUUAUCAGCUGAUGAUAAUAUGACACUUAAAAUAUUUUCAGUGUAUGUAAAUGAACAACUUUUGCCAUUAAAAGUUCACUUUGAAAAAUGGUUUUAACAAAUAAUGUCUAUCUAUUUUAAAAGCUGCCUCUGUGCCUAAGCAUCUUUAUCCAAGAACACCAGGUAAAUUGCAGAAAAUACAAAAUUAACAUCAGCUGAUAAAAAUAAUAAUAAAAGCAAUAAAAUUAUAUAAAAUCGAAAUGCAUCAAAAAAGAAUAGUUUUGCAUAACAACAGUUACCUCUCACAAUAGGAUUGACUCAAAUUAUUGUUAACAUCAGCCAAUAACAAUAUGAAACUUAAAAGACACUUCUGUACGAUGAAAUAAUUAACAUCUAAGAAAACAACUAGCUAAACAAAAAAAGUGUUGAAAUACAGAACCGCCAUCUGCUGCACAAAACAACGCACUGAAAUACGCUAUUGAAUGCUUUAAAUAAACAACUAGAUCCAAAAAACAAGAACCAAAACUUAAAAAACAAUCGCAAACUGAUCAAAACGAGUCACUUAAAAAACCACCUUCUACACAUUGACAUAAAGAACGUAGUCCAAUAAACCAUUAUAAAACAAGUUGAUCCUUCCUUACGAAUGAUCGUCUAAGACCUCAGAUCUUCACACAUUGUGGACAAAUACAGUACUGUAUAUUAUUAGGGUCCGUUUAAGCUCGCUGUAUAAAUAGAUAAUAAGUUAGGCAAAUAAGUAUGUAUACAAUUUCUCACUCGUGGGGCUAUUAUCGAGGUUAGUUGUAAAAUAAAAUUAACACCGGCCUGUACAUAUAAAAGCGCUGGGGAUAGAAUAUAAUCUAGUAUAGAAAUUAACGUAGGAAAGUAGGUUAAACAUUACUCUCUAAGUUACGUUUAAGGGUCUAAACAGACGGAUCGCAUUUCAACUGCAAUCCAACUGCAAAUUUGCAGUUCGGAUGCAGUUUGAAUGCAGUUGACACGACUGCAAUAGAACUGACAACCAACCAUUACACGACAGCAACCCGACUGCAUUUGGACCGCAGGUUUGGUUUGCAGUUGAAAUGCAGUCCGUCUGUCGAGAGCCUAAGAUCCAACAUCUUUGAAA